CUUCUAAAGCCUUCAAAGCUUAUAACGAUAUGGACAAACACACACACACAGAGCGACUGUAUGAGUUCACAACGACUGUUUCAAGCUUAUUUAUAGGAAAUAUGCACUCAUGCAUAGCGUUCCAUUUCCAAUCAAACCAACGGAAUAAUAUUUAAAUUUUUUUGAUUGGAAAUUUCACAAUGGAUAUUAGUCAAUCUGCUUCCACUCAAGGAUUCAUACCGGCUAGCUCUUUAGUGUGCUUUCUUUUCUCGGUCUUGAGCUUUAAUUUAGGUGGAUGAGAGCUGUAUUUCAGUAGUGGCUUUGUUAAGUUCUGGUUUUGAAUGGCCGGGAUUGGAUAUGAACGGUGGGGUUCGAGAUUAAUUGGAAUGGUUGUGAUUGCUUUUCUUGUUAUGGCUUCGGCAAAACAAACUUCGGAGCAAAGAGCUGCAACUUACAAAGUGACUGAAGAGGUUGAACCUCAUUAUGUAAUGAAAGUGUCCAAGGCUGCUGCUCCAUCGGGUCAUAAGCAUGUUUGGCCGGACAUGAAAUUUGGCUGGAAGAUUGUGGUGGGUACAAUAAUUGGAUUCUUGGGUGCAGCGUUUGGGAGUGUGGGAGGGGUUGGCGGUGGUGGAAUUUUUGUUCCGAUGUUCACCUUGAUUAUUGGGUUUGAUCAGAAAUCGUCGACGGCUCUAUCAAAAUGUAUGAUCACGGGUGGAGCAGCUGCAACUGUUUUCUACAAUCUAAGGCAAAGGCAUCCUACCCUUGACCUGCCCAUCAUUGACUAUGACCUGGCACUUCUAUUUCAACCAAUGUUAGUGCUGGGGAUCAGUAUUGGAGUUUCUUUCAAUGUGAUCUUUGCUGAAUGGAUGAUCACAAUCUUGUUAAUUAUUAUCUUCAUAGUUAUGUCAACCAAGGCUUUCCUCAAGGGUGUUGAAACAUGGAAAAAGGAAACCAGAGUUAAAAAGGAGGCUGCCCAACGCUUGCAAUCAAAUGGUGCUGGCAGUGAAGCUCGCCAACCCAGACCUGAACAUGAAGACCCAAGCAACGGCACUGGUACAGAAAGCAAGAACUCUAAGAGAGCAGAGGUCUCUAUGCUUAAGAAUAUUUACUGGAAGGAACUUGGACUUCUUGUGGCUGUCUGGGCCAUCAUUCUUGCACUCCAGAUUGCCAAGAAUUACACAAAUACCUGUUCAGCGGCAUAUUGGGCACUAAACCUGCUGCAGAUCCCUGUGGCCGUUGGAAUGACUUCAUAUGAGGCUGUUAACCUGUACAAAGGGCGGAGGGUGAUUGCAUCCAAGGGAGAAGCAGGCACAAAUUGGCGAGUGCAUCAGCUGGUUCUUUAUUGUGCCUGCGGCAUUGUAGCUGGCGUCAUCGGUGGGUUGCUUGGUCUUGGUGGAGGGUUCAUUCUUGGUCCACUUUUUCUUGAGCUGGGAAUCCCUCCUCAGGUGUCAAGUGCCACGGCCACAUUUGCCAUGACAUUUUCUUCAUCCAUGUCUGUUGUAGAAUAUUACCUUCUAAAACGCUUCCCAGUUCCUUAUGCGCUCUACUUUUUUGGCGUGGCAACCAUUGCUGCUCUUGUAGGACAACAUGUGGUAACAAAGGCGAUCGCCAUAUUAGGGAGAGCAUCGCUGAUCAUCUUUAUCCUGGCCGCCACAAUUUUUGUGAGUGCGAUAUCACUAGGCGGGGUUGGCAUAGCACACAUGGUUGAAAAGAUUAAGCGCAAGGAGGACUUGGGAUUUGAAAGCCUCUGUACAUAGAAAUCCUUCUGUAGAUAUUCUCCGGCCCUAGCAUAUAUUGAACUUCUCAUACUUAGGAACAAAAUUAACCAUUGGUCCCUGAGAUUCGUAAUUUACCAGGCUUACGGAGUACAUGUUUAAUUUAAGCUCCAUUCUCAUGCCUUAUUUCAUCACUUUUCACAUGGUAGUCAAACAGAUGGUGCAUGAUUUAUCAACCACUAAUCAGGUCCUAAAUUUAGUCGGACGGCAGACAACUGGACUGUUAUCAUGUAACACUAGCUUUCAGGGUUCUGAAACUAUGAUUUCUUUGACUAGAGGUUCAAAAUUGAAAGUGUUAUA